AUGAAGACAUCCGAAACAGCUGUUGAAAACUGUUGCUACAAUAAUUUUGUUUCUGAUAAUACUGUACCUGAUAAUCCUAUACCUCACGAUCAAACUAAUUUACCACAAGAGAUAGGACUGGAAAUAGAUACAUUUACUGAUACGUUAGGAUCAAACAAUAUGAAUUAUACUACAUGUAAUAAACUUAGCGUUAAAGAUAAACUGCAACAGUGGGUGUUAGCUUUCAAUGUUUCAAAAAACGGUGUAAAUAGUUUGUUAAAUAUAUUAAGGUCUGAGGGAUUAAAUUUACCAAAAGAUGUUAGGACAUUGAUGCAUACUCCAAGGUCCCAUGAUAUAAUUAGUAUGAACCCUGGAAGUUAUAUUCAUUUAGGUUUAAAAAAAAUUCUAUUGACUGUAUUACAAUUUAAUGAAAGUUACUUAAAAAACAUAAAUGAAAUAUUUUUAAGUUUUAAUAUUGAUGGAUUGCCUUUAGCUAAUAGUUCCAAACAACAAUUUUGGCCUAUACUUUGUUCAAUAAUAAAUGUGCCUCAUUUAUCUAAAUUUGUUUUUACUGUUGGUUUGUACUUUAGUACUGACAAAAAGCCAGAUUCUAUAGAGGAAUUUUUAAAUUUGUUUAUAAAUGAAUUGUUAGAUUUGAUUAAUAAUGGAAUUAUUGUUGAUGGUAGGAUAAUGAGAAUAUGUAUGAAACAAGUGGUAUGUGAUUCUCCGGCUAAAGCGUUUUUGCUUAACGUUAAAGGCCAUAAUUCUCGUGUAGGGUGUAAUACGUGCACAGUAGAGGGUGAAUAUAGAGAGCAUAGAAUGUCGUUUUUGGAAGUGAAUGCUUCAUUGCGUACUGACAGAGGUUUUAGAACUAGAAAUGAUGACGAAUAUCAUAAAGGCAAUACCCCUCUAGAGCGUUUGCCAAUUGAUAUGAUCAAAGCAGUACCCAUUGACUACAUGCAUGCUGUUUGUCUUGGAACAAUGAAACGUAUGUUAAAAUUUUGGGUGCGAGGAAAACAAUCUGUAAGAAUACCUAAUGAAAAAAUAUAUGAUGCUGAUAAAGAAUUAAUCAGUUUAAGACAAUACUUCCCAUCAGAAUUUGUUAGACUUCCAAGGUCUUUAAAUGAUAUCGAAUAUUGGAAGGCAAAUGAAUUUAGAACUUUUUUAUUAUAUAGUGGUCCAAUUGUACUAAAAGGAAGACUGAGAAAAACAUUUUAUUUACAUUUUCUUAAAUUAUACUGUGCUAUAAAAAUUUUGGUAACACCAGUUCUAUGCAUAGCAAAAAAUGAAGUUGCAUAUAACUUACUAAUUGAUUUUGUAGCCGAAUUUAAAACUAAUUAUGGGGCACAAUUUAUCACUCAUAAUAUUCAUAGCUUAAUUCACCUACCAUUUUAUGUUAAGACACAUGGAUGUCUGGAUAAUUUUAGCGCUUUUAAAUACGAAAGUUACUUAGGAAUAAUAAAAAAAAGUAUUUCACAUUCACGUUUUCCUUUACAAGAAGCGGUUAAUAGGAUUCAAGAAAAAACAAACAUUUUGUACAAUAAUAAUCAUGAUGAUAAUGCUAAUUUAGAUGAAACUCAUGUAUUGAGUAAUGAAUGUGAUGUAGAUAAUGUAACUUUAAAUAAAAAUCAUGAGUUUACUUUUUUUCAAACUAUAAAACUUAGCAGUUCAAACUACAUUAUUUCAACUCACGUUUCCAAAAAUAAUUAUAUUAUGUUAAAUACUAAUGACAUUGCAAUUGUCAAAAAUAUCUUUAAGUGUAUAAAUGGAAAUAUUUUUUUAAAUGUAUAUACUUUUAAAUCAUUAAAUUUUUUUGAGGUACCAUUGGAAUCAUCUAUGAUAGGCUCUGUUAUUGUUGAUAUUAAGUCUCAGUCAUCUAGUUUAAUACGUAUCAGUGUUAACGACAUAAAAUUUAAAUGUUUUUUUGUUCCUUUGACAACUGAGAAAGCUGUUGUAAUGACUCUAAGUCAUAAUGAAAUAAUUUAG